AUGUCUAAAAAAUAGAAGCACACUUAAAAAUAGACCAAAAAAGUUCUAUCUUAAGACAUAAAUGAGAGUGAUCAAACUCAUUAUUUUAGUCUACUAGGUGAUGAUUAUAAUGUAGAACCUAUUUUCAAUUAAAAUAGAAUAAUGACAAUAUUAAAUUAGCUUAAAAAAUACUUGGGGAUUACAAAACACUUUUAGAAUAUUCACCAAGUAAAUUUUGGGCCACUUUCUCUUAUAAUUUAAAUCUUCAAACUUCUUUAGACUUAUUUUUGAGAUAUGCACCAAGAAAACACUUUUUAAAAGAACCAUUACAUUUCACAGGAUAUUAUGGAAUAUUAAUUAAAGAGAUUUUUAAAUGUGUCUUUGCAAUCUAUAUUCGAUUAAUAGAUUUAAAAAAUGAAGAUUCAAUACUAUAUGAAUAAAUUAGUGUAUAUGAUCUAGUUUAUUAAAAAUGGAUCUUUGAUGUCAUGAAAUUAACUGAUAUCUGCACUAUAUAUGCUCAUAAAAAUGAAAGUAAUAUAAAUUAUUUCUAUAAUAUUUAGAUGCUGUUAAAAAAAUUUGUUAAUUUGUUUUUAAUUACUAAGCCUAUUAAGAUGAUUAUAAAACUACUAUAGAUUCAUUUAUGAAAAAUGUACUUAUUAAAAUCUAUGAUGAUAUAUUUUAAAUCAAUAAUAAAUCAGCUAAUGAAAAUGAAAUCAUUAUUUUUGAUGUUCAAUAAAAAAUGGAAUUGCUCACUUUAAUUUUAGAUUCUAUUGAAACUGUAAUUGUUUGGGCAAAAUAUUUUCCAUAAAAAUAAUAUCUUUUUAAACCUGAAAUCAUUUAAUGUUUUGAAUAAAUAUUUUAUGAAUUGAUUCUGGCUAAAGGAUAUAGUAGAGGAACAAAUUAAAUCUCAAGUGUUUGGAAAUCUCAAUGUUUAUAAACCUUACAUCACUUUCUUAAAUAAGUUAUAUAAAGAUUUAUUGAUUUCUUUGUUAUUUAUAUGAAAUAUUUAGAAGAAUUAAUUGUAACAAAAUAGAUUAAAUAAUCUUAAGAACAUAUGAAUUAUUUGAUUUAGAAUUUUGGAAUUAUAAAAAGGAAAUUUAAAUUUUAAAAAGGAAAUUAAAAUCAAAAUAAAGAAUGGAUUCUAUUCGAAGCUCUUUAUGAAAAUAGUUUUAAUAUGAUUGAACUAUUAAUAAAUACACCAUGGAAUUAAAUAAAUCUACCUAAGGACGACAUUGAAGAAGUAAUUCUUCAAAUGACUACAAUAAUGGAAGAAAGAGAGAAACUCAAAAGUAGACUUAAUAAUAAUGAACCAGAAAAUUUUGAUGCUUUUGAAAACUUUGAUCCAACAUAAUCUACACUUCCAACUGACAUUAUAGAGAAAUAAGAAAAUUAUGAAAUUGAUGUUCAAGAAUAAGGGGUUUAAGAAGAAGAAAAUGAAAUAAUUGCAGUAGAUGAAAAAUUAGUUGAAAUAAUAUCAAAAAAGAAAUAAAAAUUAACAUAUGAUUAACCAUUAAAAGAUAGAAUAGAAAUGGCUGAAAUUACAGCUAAACUAUAUAAUGAUGAACCUGAUGAUACAUAUGAUUAUCAAGAAGCUUUAUAAAGACCUGAAAAGGAAUAUAUUAGUAGUGAUAACGAUGAAGUGGAUGAUUUUGUUCCUAAUGAUCAUUUUAUAAGGUAUGCAAAACCGUUAAAGAAAUAAUAGAUCAAUUCAGAACAUAGUAUGAGUUAACAAAAUUUAGAUUAUAAUAAUUAUGAUAAAUAAAUAAAAAUUCUAAGAAAUCCAAACAUAUAAUAACAAUAUAAUAGAUAAUAGAAAAAUGAAUAAGGAUUUAGUGAUGAAGAAGAUGAAAAAUUAAAAAGAGAAAAUGGAAAUAAAAAAAAUAAUAAUAAUAAUAAUCGUACUUAUUAAGAAAAAUCUAUGAAAGUAUAUAUUAUGGAUAAUCAUUAAUAGAAUAAUAAUAAUGAAUUUCAAAGAAAAAACAAUAAUAAUAAUAAUUAUCAAAAGUAAGAUUAAAGAAAUAAAAAUAAGAAUUAAGAAUAUUCAAGGAAUGAUGAUUAUUAAUAAUGUGAAGACUAUAAUCGAAAUGAUACAACUUAAGGAAAUAAUGAUUAGAAUAAGGUUCUUUAAAAGGAGAGAAACAGGGAUGGUGGCUAUGUUGGAACUAAUAAAUCCAAAACUUAAUUAGAACAUGAAGAGAAAUAAGAAACUCAAUAAACUUAAUAAAACAAUUACAAAUAAAAUAAUAACAAAUAAUAAUAAAAUAAAAAGAAUUUAAAUAUAAAGGCUCUUCCUUAUGAUCUUUAUGUACCUAAAGAGGAAAAUGGAAAUAAUGAAUACUAAACUUAAGAAUAAAGGUAAGAAUAGAAAAAUCAAAGAGGUUAAAAGAGAUAUUGA